AUGUCGGCGUUUUUGGAGCGGGUGCACGCUGAAGCGAGCAAACUAAAGAAGAAAUUCAAAGAAACGAGCCGAAAAAGGAAAGGCCCGUCGGCUGAAGAAGCAAUCAACAACCUCAGGGUUUACCUGAUUGAAAUUUACAUUUUCAAAAAAACGAAUUUCAGGAAGCUGAGGAGUUGCUGUUGAAGAAACAAGACUACUACGAACAGAAAAAUCGCCAGUGUGAGUUGACUUUUUUUCAAAAAAAUGUAAAAAAAUUUAAUAGCAUCUCAUCGAACUUUGAAUUUCCAAGAGAAAAAAAUCAGAAUUCUUGGCUAUCAAUCAAAGAUAAUAUUAUUUGACUUUUCUGUGUUAUUUGUUGAAGAUCUAAAUUUCAAAAUUUCAGGAAACCGAAGCUGCAAAGAAGUACAGCAAAACUAACAAGAAAAUGGCGUUGGCGGCGCUGAAAAGAAAGAAGUUGCACGAAAUCGAGCUGGGAAGAAUCGAUGGAGUGCGUGAUUUUCCCAUAAUUUUUCAUUUUAACUUAUUUUCUAGGUCCUCACAAAACUGGAAGGCCAGAGAACGGCGCUGGAGAACGUCGGAAUGCACGGCGAAGUUCUCGACGUUCUUGGAAAGACCAACGAAGCGCUCAAAAAAGCGAAUAUGAACAUGGACAUCGACAAGGUCGCCGACCUGAUGGACGACAUCGCCGAGGGCCUCGCGACGUCCGAAGAGCUCAACGAAGCGAUUUCGCGGCCGAUUGGCGACCUCGUCGACGAGGAUGACCUCCUCAAAGAGCUUCAAGAACUUCAGGACGUAAGCGAAUCUGAGAAUCUUUUUUUUUCUGAUCGCAGAAUGUUUAGAACGUGGCUCCUCUUCCGGAAACAGCCUUACCUGAAGUUCCUGCCGGCCCGGUCACACGUGCUCGUGCCAGUCGCGAGAAGAUCCGCAAGAUGAACACCAUGGAGGAGCUGGAGCAGUGGGCUGCUGCAAACUGA